AUGGAUCCAAUACCGUUUCCUCAAUUGAGUCAUGAACAAGAAAAUGAAUUAAAAUUGAAUGCUCAGCAAUGGUCAUUAUCUAACGGGUUAGUAAUGUAUCCACCAAAUUUCGAAACUUUUCAAACGAAUGUGGCUCCAAUAACUUUGUUUCCUACUCCAAUUCCAAAAACUAGUUUUCAACAGGCAUUGAAUGUACAAAAAAUAUAUAAUGAAUUAUAUAUAAAUCUAAUAACUAAGCAUAAAUCCUGGUUAAUCGAAGUAUUGGAAGAAUUAGCUAAGUUUGAUCCAAAUUUUACUGGAAAAUUAUUUGAAAUAUAUAAAGAAUCAAUAAAAGAUGAAGUACUACAACCAAUUUCAUUGGGUAUAUUCAGGUCUGAUUAUAUGAUUGACUCCAAUUUAAAUGAUAUAAAACAAAUUGAAUUUAAUACUGUUAGUGUUUCAUUUGGUGGAUUAUCUACAAAAAUAGGUCAAUUACAAAAUUUUUUGAAUUCGACUGGAUUUUAUGAUAACAAAUACAAUUUUAAAUAUUAUGAAGAUGAGAGUUUACCCAUUUCAAAUUCAAUUGAAAAAAUUGCCGAAGGUUUAGCUCAAGGUAAUUUUUACUAUAAUGAUAAACAAGAAAAUGAGGAUACCAUUGUUUUAUUUGUUGUGCAACCAAACGAAAGAAAUUGCUUUGACCAAAGAUUAAUUGAAUAUGAACUAUUCAAUAAGCAUAAAAUAAAGGCGUUUAGAGCUACAUUGGAAGAAAUCGAAGAAGUGGUUACAAUAAAUAGUGACAAAGCUUAUAUAAAAUCAACAACGCAAGAAAUUUCAGUUGUUUAUUAUAGAUCAGGUUAUGGUCCAGGUGAUUAUGAAGUAAACCCAGCAAAAUCAUGGAAUGCAAGAUUGAUUUUGGAGAAAUCGAAAGCUAUUAAAUGUCCAUCAAUUUUGACUCAAUUAUCAGGUUCAAAAAAGAUACAACAAUUAUUAACUGAUCAUGAAAUAUUGAAAAAAAUAUUACCUGACUUAAGUAACACGGAUUUUAAAGAGUUGAUAUCUACAUUUGUCAACAUAUAUCCAUUUGAUGAUUCUGAAUUAGGUAAAAAAGCUAAAAAAUUGGCAUUCGAAAGUCCAGAAAAAUUUGUUCUAAAACCACAAAGAGAAGGUGGUGGUAAUAAUAUUUAUAAGAAAAACAUUCCAGAUUUUUUAAAGUCAAUACCUGAAUCUGAAUGGGGUGCUUAUAUUUUGAUGGAAUUAAUAACACCGAAAACAUUCAAAAACAAAAUAAUGAGAAAUAAAGAUAUAUACAAUGAAAAUAUAAUAUCAGAACUAGGUAUAUUUGGUAAUAUUUUAUUUAAUGAAACUACGGGUGAGAUUUUGAAAAAUGAAAAUGCAGGUUGGUUGUUAAGAUCUAAAUUUGAAACUAGUGAUGAAGGUGGAGUUGCUGCAGGAUUUGGAUGUGUUGAUAACAUUUAUCUUUAUUAA